AUGAAGUCGAAGCUCGCGCUGAUGGACAACGAGAGCAAGGCGAAACACGAAACGAUGAUUCGACAAGGAAAGAAGACGAAGGAGAAGAAAAAGACGCAGCUUCAUCAAGCUCUAGCGGCGAACCACAAGCAAGUUCUUCUACCUUCGUUCAACACGUCGGAGAUGGCGCGAAAGUACGAGAAGCUUGUAACAGCUGACGGCACACCGCCGACUUCAUCAGACGAAGUCACGGAGACUGCUGUUCAACCAAGAAAAGGAAAGAAGCGCGAGAUUCGCAGUUCGACGGCGCGAGCUAUGUUGGCGCAGUUGCACUUCAAGUUCAAUAUGCUGCUGAAAUACAAGAUGGAGUGCGUCGGCGGACGUAUGAUCGAAUGCGAAGAGGAGUACACUUCGAAGACUUGCUCCAGCUGCGGUGAAAUCAAAGACGAUCUUGGAGGAAGCAGCAUCUACAGAUGUUUGUUCUGCCACGUCGAGCUCGAUCGUGACGUCAAUGCUGCCAAGAACAUCUUCCACAAGAACAUGCCAGCGCCUCUGCGACUUCAGCGGCAUGGAGCUCAUAACGCUACGGACUUUGCGCGCCAAAUAAUCUCACCCUGCAGCACAGUAAGCAUUGCUGAUACUCCCACCACCAAUUCACCAUACUCCGGUACGUACGCCAGUGCACCGACGCUUUUAUCUUCUAGCCUGCCUAUUAUUACAGCUCUAAGUUAUCGUAUUGACCUUGACACACAGGAAAUGACACGAAGCUCUCCGAUUUCUCGUCACCCUGUGUUCUAUGUAGUUUCAAGCCAUUCGAGAACUCUACCGGUGCGAUUGCAAGGCAUUUAUGUCGACUGGAUGGGCAUGCUCGCACGUCGUGGCUGCCAUGUCCAUUAA